CCAGGACACUCGACGAAAAGGUGCUCGUCGAAGUACACCUGCGGAAAGUGUCAACGGCGGCACCACACCACGCUGCACGAACCACGAGAGCAGCAAGAAUCUACGACGAAGCCGGCCACUCCCCAGAGUGUGGCCACACCAGUGAAUCAGCCACCAGUGAACCAACCCGCUGGUCCGGCUCACCCGACGUCCAGCCAAGCAACCUGUAACCACUCCCAGGCGGUCAAGACAGUAAUGCUACUGACCGCGGUCGUCAAUCUGCUCGACGACCAGAGCCAGCCUGUGCCUUGCCGCGUCCUACUCGACAAUGGAUCACAGGUGAAUUUUAUCACGCAAUCGAUGGCAAACCGCUUAAAACUAGAACGAGUGGCCGCAAACGUCCCCAUCUGCGGCAUCGGAGCUGUCAAGACGUACGCCAAGGAGUCGAUCACGGUCGAGCUCCGCUCUCGGAUCAGCAGCUUCUCCGUCGACGUCGAUUGCCUCAUCGUACCAAAGGUGACCGGAAUGGUGCCAGCUGUACCGGUCGACAUCAACGAGUGGCCGAUUCCCGUCGGCAUCCAGCUGGCCGACCCAGAAUUCAACAAGCCGGACCGCAUCGACAUGCUUCUGGGAGUGACUAUGUUUUUCCGGUUGCUAAAAACGGGACAGAUGGAGUUGGCUGGAAAUCUGCCGGAACUGCGCGAGACUCACCUCGGUUGGGUCAUCGCCGGAGAUGUUGGAGACACAGUACCAAGCCCGCAGUACACACACACUGCCACACUCGACGACAUCAACGAAGCGAUCCAGAGAUUCUGGCAGGUCGAGGACAUCGAAAGUGCCACACAAGUUUCCACUGAGCAAGAGGAAUGCGAGGCGUUCUUCGCGUCCACCCACAAGCGGGAUACAACCGGCAGGUACGAGGUACGCUUGCCGUUUCGUCCGGUCGUCGCCAAGCUCGACGACAACCGCAGCCUCGCUCUUCGGCGCUUCCUGUCGCUGGAGCGGCGACUCGCCCGGGACCCUGACUUGAAGCAGCAAUACGGUGAGUUCAUUAGGGAAUAUGAGGAACUGGGGCACUGCAAGUCGGUUGACGAGGCCGACGACUUACCAAACACGAGCCGCUACUACAUGCCCCAUCACGCGAUCCUACGCCCCUCGAGCUCUACAACCAAGUUGCGGGUCGUAUUUGACGCAUCUGCAAAGAUGUCUCCCACGAGCGUGUCCCUGAACGAAGCCCUUCAGGUCGGAGGCACUGUCCAGAGCGAUCUGUUCUCCAUCCUCCUUGCCUUCCGGAAGCACCCCGUCGCCUUCACUGCAGACCUCUCGAAAAUGUACCGCCAGAUUCAAGUGGCCCCGUCUGACACCCGCUUCCAGCGAAUCUUCUGGCGGGCCGAUCCAUCUGAGUUUAUCCGGGUCCUGGAACUCACCACGGUGACUUACGGUACGGCGUCCGCUCCCUUUCUUGCCACGCGAUGUCUGGUCCAGCUCUGCGACGAUGAAGGUGAACAUUUUCCGCUAGCUGCCAAAAUUGUGCGCGAGGCCUGCUACGUCGAUGACAUCCUCUCUGGUGCGAGCUCUCCCGAAGAAGCAAUCGAUUGUCUGACGCAACUGCAAGGCCUGCUCGGUCGCGGUGGAUUUCCCAUCCACAAGUGGACAUCCAAUGAGCCGGUGGUGAUGGAACGCAUCCCUGAGUGUGAUCGCGAGAAGCUGAUCGACCUGGACGGAUUGGUCGGCGGUGUGGUCAAGGCCCUGGGGCUCUACUGGAGUCCAGGAGACGACGAGUUUCGUUUCACCGUAACCCAGGCUGAAGCAGAUGCCAUGUCGGAGAUCGGCAAAUUCUACGACAUACUGGGACUCCUGUCGCCAGUAAUCAUCAAGGCCAAGAUCCUGAUGCAGCGAGUCUGGCUUGCUGGUCUUUCUUGGGACGUUCUGUUGGAAGGAGGGAUGAUGGACACGUGGCACCAAUUCCAGUGUGCACUUCCCGACGUGCGCGACAUCCGUAUCCCUCGGUACGUGAUCGGGCCUGGCAACCCGGGCCUUGAACUUCACGGAUUCAGCGACGCCUCCAAGGUCGCCUACGGUGCGGUGACCUACGUUCGCAGUCUGCUCCCGAACGGCAAGUGCAAGAUGAGGCUGCUCUGCAGCAAAUCGAAGGUGGCGCCAACCAAGCCACUGGACAUCCACCGACUGGAACUGCUUGCCCUCCGACUGCUCUCGAAACUGGUGGUGAAGGUCAUCGCUGCGCUGAACCUACCCUUCCGACACGUGGUGCUGUGGUGCGACAGCCAAGUUGUGCUUGCGUGGCUCAAGAAACCGCUGGACCUACUUCAAACGUUCGUGCGCAACCGCGUCGCGGAGAUCCGGAGAGAGACCGGCGGCUUCAUCUUCAAGUACAUUCGUUCCAAGGACAACCCGGCCGACCUGAUCUCGCGCGGCAUGUUUCCUGCCGCCCUGAUGAAUUGCAGUAAGUGGUGGGAAGGUCCGCAGUUUUUGGAGUCCGUCGAGUACGAGGAAGAGCCUGAAAUCGAGAUACCGGACAGUGAGUUGCCUGAGAUGCGUAAGGUGAAGUUGGUUACCCUGCUGACCUGCAACACGACCGAGUUUCCGAUUUUCGAGAACUGCAGCUCAUUCCGGAAACUGCAACGGAUAAUGGCAUCUUUGCCAAUAACGCGGCAAAUGUUAGCCGGUGGUCUGGCAGGACUGUGCCAAAUAAUUAUAACGACGCCUAUGGAGCUUUUAAAAAUUCAAAUGCAAGAUGCCGGACGCAUAACAGCCCAGGUAAAUCAUAAGCAUAAAGUUACCUGGUCAGUUUUUUUUUUCGAAUUUUGAACACGAAUUUGAUUUGAAUCGUAUACGAAUACCGUUUUAAACGCAACAACCGGUUCCGUGUUCGAAACGAUUGUUGCGUUUGAAGCGGAAUUUAUUUACGAUUCGAAUCGAAUUCGUGUUUAGCGUUCUAAUUGAAUUGGUUGGACGAAAACAUGAUACUGCGAACAUGAUACUGGGGGAAAAUAGAGCAUAUGGGUCAUUCCACCUGAAGUGUGCAAGAAAAAAUAUAAAUUUAAAAACUACCAUCUCCGAUUCUGCUCAAAUUUAGCAGAGCUGUUGAGACUAUCAAAACAUGCAAAAAUCCCGAAUUUCAUCCAAAUCGGACCACCCCCUCCAUUUUUGUACCCUCCCAAAAAAUCGACUUUUUGGCGAUUUUUGAGCGAAACCCGAGGGGGGCGUCACUUCCGCGUUGACCAAGCGAUAAGCUAUCCUUUGCAAUCCUUUUCGGCGUUUCUUCUAACCUUUCCGCUUUUUCUUGCUUUAACUUGCGAUAACCGCGAUAACUCGCUUUUUCGCUUUCCUUUUCUCGCGUUUUCGCAUCACACUGCUCGAUUUUUUUGACAGCAAGAACUGUCAAGGGCAAAUGACAGUUCUCGAUGUCAAAUCAGUCGAGCAGUUUGUUUUGCAGAAUUUUUCUCCGUCACCGGACUCGAUUGUCGAUUUAACAAAACGGGGGCACCCGGACAGGAGCAAGCAGGUUUCCCGCCGCGUUGUGCCGACCAAGAAGGACACUAGCGGCCCGGUUUCAGCGAGUUGGCAGCUUCCAGACAGAACCUUAAUGCAAACAGAACUGUUCCGGGUCGCAAGAUGGGACCGGUGCGAAGAGCCUGCCAACGAUGCUGUACGACGAAGAACCUGCAGCAAGGAAAAGGUCAAACGAAAGGAGUUGAGGCCACUGCUGGUGUAUGUGGGUUCUGGUCGAUCUACAAGGUGCCCAACACACCGUCGAAGCCGGGUUAGUAGUAUUAGUAUUCAAACGCAGGUCGGAUGUCCUGGCAGAGCUUCCGGUUCAUCAACUUUGGAACGGACCAGACGAGUUCAAUUGGACUGUUGUUGAACGAACUUCACGUGUCCUCGUACCACAUUCCGGACGGAGAGCGUUAGCGCGAAAUAACCUUGAUGAAAGCGGAAUUAAAGCAACCUCACUGGAACAUCCUGAAGUUGCGAGUCCGAGUUAGCGUGAUGUUCAACUCGUUUGCCAAUGUCUACUUUAGAAAAAAGUUGUGUACUUGAUUGCUCAGUCGCUGCAAUUGAUUGCACGAGCCGGAAAUCAACCCAGCAACUGUUCUAUCAACAUUGACCGGCAGAAACACAAGUCUGUCUGUAGCGGAGGAAGCGUCUACAGCGAGAUGCGGGAGUGUCGGUAGCGCUAAGAGAAGUUGUUCCAGAACGCGGUUAUAUUUCGUUUAAAAUAAGUGUUAUUUUUAAGUAUAUUUAAAUUUAGCACUACAGUCUAUUACAGUUCAUGUGAAUAAAGUGUUCCAAAUAUAUCUAAAACUCAUGUGACUAGUAGUUGUGUUCAUCUUAAUAAUAAUUUUUGCUCCAGCAGCAAGAUCCGGCUGUUCAGGUAGUUCAUUAGGCUGCGGAUCUGCGAGAACGUCUUUUGCAGCGCUCGAUCAUUAUCCUGGAAGCUGUAGGCGUCAGCGGUUUCUUGAUCGUAGCAGAUUAUUUUUUUGGUUUUCAGCGCCGUUUUGCACUCGUGAAUGAACCGAACUAUUUCCAGGUCCUGCCAUCGCUGCAGCGUACUUCGAUGGUCAUGUGGAUUACACGUUCACCUGCAAAGAAAAUAAUCAUAAACAUAAAAAGUCCUGCAAAACCCCACCUCAACAUUCUUACUAUUCGUUUAGCUAAGCGUUGCAAACGGUACCGGGUCAAUCGGGACACAUGGGGCGAAUUGGGACAGCAGUUUUAACCAUGUAGGAGCACAAUAUUUUGAUUUUUCUGGUUGGUUUCGGUUAGAACAGACUCAGGCCAACAAAAUGUGUACAUUCAUUUCCAAAUUUAAAAGCUUAAAGUGCUCUAAAAACUGCUGUCCCUAUUCAGACUGUAGUCCCGAU